UUCUGAAAAACUGGUUUUCCAGAAAACCGGGUCUUAAAGAGUCAUCAGCCGAUAUCCUUUUAGGCUUUUUAUCUACUCGAGACCCCCUAUCGGAUGCUGCAUGAACGAACGAAAUCGGACCGGGGCAGCUGGGAAUGUUCCCUCGCGAGAUAGUGCCACGUUCAUAAGGCAGGUACCGCACUUUGAGUAAUUAAAAGUUUAUUUUAACAGUAAUUAAUAAAAACCUAGUUACAGACCAGAGUCCUGCAGAUUAAACCUAACCGAAUCUAACCUAUAGGUUAGGUUAGGAUUAAGAUGUGAAAUUUUUUACGGGUUAGGUUGCCAAAAGUGGUCAUUUGCAGGGCUCUGUUACAGACUAAAUGAGACAGAAUGGAAUUGGAAAAAUAUCGACACGGACAUACACCGGUGUUCGUCAGUGAUUAAUGGCAUAUCAUGCGUACUGAAAUUAUUUUUUUGUGGUGUUUAACACGACUGUUUUAAUAAACUUCUCAAUUUAGAGAAUUCUCAACAACAACAAACUGGAUCAUCUGAAACAUCAGCAAAUAUAACGUCUCGACAUCAUAAACCAAAAACCUUAUCGAAAGCAAUAAUAAAUUACAACAUGGAACCGAUAUACAAUGAAUUGAUUCGACAGUAUUUAAGACAAUUGUUACAAUUAUUAGAAGAAAUUGUAUUUCUCGAACAUGUUUUAGUCCAGUCUCAACGUUCUGAGCAAACAUCAAAUGACAAACCAUCAACAAUUGCUACCUUAGCAUCAAAUGUUCUUGCCUCAGUGUCACCAACUGGACUUGGUCCUCGAAUAUUAGAACACGGAUCGGCAUUACCAUCAACGUCAUUAUUUACAAUAAAUAAAUCAUCUUCAUUUGAACCAGAUCUCAUUUCAAUAUUACCAACCACAUUGGCAGCUACAAUGUCAACUGCAAAAAGUAUGGGCUCAUCUAUAACAACAACAUUACGUUUUAUCGAUAAUCAGCCAGUUGUUAAUCAAAGUUUAUUUCUUUCAUCAAUAUUACAAUAUUUGAAAGAAACUAGAUUUAUUGAAAAUCAUAGAUAUGUAAUUAGUCUUUGUAUCCGAAUACUGCCACACUGUGGUUCAUCAUUGAAAUCGAUUAGUAGUUUUGUUGCAGAACAAAUGUGUAGAAAUUUAUACUAUGUAGUUCAAGUUCAUCAUCAGCGUUCAACACAACAAAAAAGUAGAUUUAAAACAAGAUUAUUACCACAUUUUGAUGUUAUCGAGUACAUCAUCUAUUUAAUUCAACGUUUAUCGUAUAUAUGUAACUAUUGUCUAUUAGGGACUGAUAAUGGACAAAUUAAUCUACAAAUGUCGGCAGUAACGCUCACACAAUAUUGGAUGAAAAAUAUGAGUGUGAGUGAGCGUGAUUUAUCUGAUGCUCGUCAAUCAAUUUUAAAUCAAAUGCCAUCAGUAUUAUCGAGUCUAUUAUUUAUAUGGAGCACUAUCUCAGAACAAUUAGUAUUUAAAUCACCCGAACAAACAAUAAGAACAACAAUAAAUCUUAAUUUUCAACAACAAUAUAAAAAUCCUUGGCCUACUCAACAUGUUAAACAAAUACGUGAAACAAUUUUGGAACUAUUAGGUUCAUUAACAAAAUAUAAUGGCGUUUCAUUUAUGUCAGCUGUUACUCUAUGUUGGGGAGAACGAAAACGACAACAACGAUUAAAAUCAACUGCACAAACGCCAAAAUCAUCAACAGUAUUGAUAAUGAGAAGAGAUCAUCUUAGCGAAUUACAAUCGCUUAUUGAUAUUGUUAUGAAUAUUAAAAAUUAUACGAUUAAUGAUAUGAUACCACAUAUGAAUGAAUUAAUUCGAAAUCAAUUGACAGUAAGAGAUAAGAAGAAGCAAAAUUAUGAUGUUUGGUGUCUACAAUUUUUAUUAGAUUAUUUACAACAACAAAACACGGUCGCCAUCGAUUUUUGGCCACAAUUAUCAUCCAUGUUUAAAGAAUGUCUAUCUCAACCAAUCUCACCCCCAGCAACAUUUUUGAUUCUAAAAAUAUUAAGUUUCUAUGUAAAAAGAUUACCACCAAUUUCUGAGAAACGUGAUUUAAAAGAUUUACAGGAUAUAACAAUGCGUGUACUUGAGAAUUGUAAUAUUAUUGUUGCCUCAUCCCUAGAACAAACAACAUGGAUAAGAAAAAUUCUUCAAGUACGUUUAGCAAAUACUGAUGGAUCAACGGUAAAAAAUAAUGAACAAUUAUCUCACGUUCCUGUUGGUACUUCUAAUGCUGUUAACACUAUGAUAGAAGAUAAUACAGAUUUCAAUGCUACGUCUCAAACAGCAAUUACCUCUGAUAUAUCGAACACAAAUUACAGUCUAAUGGGAUUAUCCAUAUUAGCCGAAUAUGCCGCACCCUUACUCGAUAUUGUUUUUAAUAAAAUAGAUGAAAAAGAGAAAAUAGUAAUACCAUUUUUACAAAAUUUGGUACCAAACGUUAUACCUUAUGUUAAAACUCAUGUGCCAUCUAAUGCAUCAUCAUUUCGUUGUGCAUCCCAAUUAUUGGAAAGUUUAUCUCAAUAUUCAUAUACACGAAAAGCAUGGAAAAAAGAAGCAUUUGAACAAUUAUUUGAUAUAUCUUUUUUUCAAUUAGACAUUCAAUCAUUAAAUUCAUGGAAAACAAUUGUCGACAAUAUGAUUACCAAUGAACGGCCAACAUCAUUUCGGGAUGUAAUAACAAAAAUAAAUACAGUACAAACCGGUUUAUUUGUAUCAAAAGAACAUGAAUAUGAACAACGUGCCAUGUUAGUUAAACGUUUUGCAUUUGUCAUAUAUUCAUCAGAAAAAGAUCAAUACAGUAAACAGUUACCAGAAAUAUUAGAACGAAUUACUGAGUUAUUAAAACUACCGCAAAUGCCAACGUUACAUACUCAAAUGUUUCUCUUUUUUCGUGUAUUAUUGAUACGUAUUACAUCAAGAAAUUUAAUGUCACUAUGGCCAAUAUUAUUGGCGGAAUUAAUACAAGUACUAUUACAAUUGGAGCAAGAUCUACUAUCCGAUUUAGAGGGUGAAGUAAAAUCUCAUGUUCAGCGUUUAGCAAUGAAUGAUUUGACUUCGACAAGUGUAUCAAGUGCACCACCUAGUCACGGUUCAAAUCCCGCCUUGAAAAUGUAUUUGUUUGCCUGCAAAUUACUUGAUGUAUUGUUAGCAAUGCCCUAUUCGGAAUUACAACAUUUUCAAUUAUUUCGUUCUGCAUUUGUUACUGACGAAGACAGUGGACGAAAAACAAACACAGAUUCAUUUAUUGCAUUUUCAGCAAGAUUAUCGAAAUUGCUUGAACGAAAGUUUCAAUCAAUGCCUUUGAUUGUUCGUGAACGUUUACCAUCUAUGAAUUUCACAAAUCGUCCACUACUUCACCUAAAAAAUUUGACACAUAUUGUCGACCUGCUACCUUUUUUUAAUUGUUUAAAUUCGAUGCAUACAUAUGACCAUCAUCACUAUUAUCAUCAUCCACCAACGCUUGCAUCGCGUCAACAACAGCAAGUACAACAAACUAAGAAUAAUGGCAAAGAAAAAGAUGGUAAAAAGAAGAAAAAUAGUUCAAAUUUAGCAUCAGUACCUACGACAUUACCGGUACAAAAACCAGUGAAAAGCAGUGAUAUGUCAACGAUAAGUCCAACAAGAGAAGAUAUAAUAAAAGAAAUUGAAACAAGUAUACUAGAGGAUUUUGUUGAAUAUUGGAAUUAG